GUUGUGUAAUUUCCAGCAGUUUACGAACAAGUUGAAAAGUAAAAGUUUCACUGAUUCAAUGAAAGAGAAUGGUAUUACAAAGUUUCUUGUGUCAUUCAGUGGUCAGAUAGAAUACGUUGUGUUCCCAGCGGGAGUUUUUGACGAGCAAUUGUAUGUGCAUUAUGAGGUGGUUUGGGGACCCGAUUGGGACCCUGUUUCGGGGCUGGCUAGUGGAACAAGUCAGAUGGCCUGCCCUGGAAGCGAUCCUGAGAAGGUAGUCUUCAACAUGCCGAUUGAAUUAGUCUUCAGCAGCACGAAUGUAUUUGGUUGGCCACAGCUAGUCAUCACAGUUAGGGCGCAGAACGCGAUUAGCGGGGACUCCCUCCACGGGUACGCUUUGGUCCUGAUGCCACCGACCGCCGGCGCCAGGGCUGCCACAGCGCCACUGCUUCGCCCGCGCGCCGCCACCGUGUUGGGCGAGUGGCUAUCGUGGAUGACGGGGCGGCGCCCUGAGCUGACUGACCCGAAGAUGUUGGCGGGAGGAAAGGAGAACUAUUUGCUGCGCACAGAAUCCUAUGGCAGUGUGAUGGUGACUCUCUCAAUGGUUUCCAAGGACCUGCGGAAACUCGGCUACGACAACCAACCGGUGUGCAGUGCAAUUAACGAAACAUAACGAAGAUAAUUAUAAUGUAAAAAAAUAGUAGCCAUCAGCCUCCAUGCUGGAAGUUAGGCCUCUGUCAGUGCGCUACUAAUUACUUA